UUUCAGUUGCCGCUGUCUGUUUUGCAGGCCGUUUCCCAGUUAAUCGUUAAUCAUGACUCAAUCGAGAUAAGCAUGGGAUCAUCAAUCACCGCCAUCGAUACGCCCGCGCGUUACUUCUGAAAGAGUGUUGCUGCAUGAACGUUUGGGCAAUGUGAUGGCAACGAUUGCAAAUAAAACACAAUCUCAGGAUACUUCGAUGGCACAAACAAGUUCCGCUGGGGCCAUUCCAGAAUGUAAGGAGUUCCUGCUCAACCACUUUCAACAACGCUCUGACUGGGAUUGCGGUCUCUCCUGCAUUCUAAUGAUUCUGCCGAGAAACCACCGCGAGCAUUUCCUUAGGGAUUUCGAGAGGAUAUGCGCUGAGAAUGGUUUCGGACGCAGUACCUGGACAAUUGACUUAUGCUUCAUUCUCAGGCAGUUCAAUAUUUCCUUCCGGUUUCUAACGAGGACGAUAGGCGUUAAUCCAGAUUAUAGAGGCCACAGUUAUUACGAUAAGAUAAUUUCAAAAGACGAGGAAAGGGUUAAUAAAAAAUUCGAAAUAGCUAUCAAGGAUGGCAUGGACAUUGAGAAACGUACGAUCUCCAUCGAUGCUCUCAUUCAGCAUAUGGCGCUAAACGGUCCUGUCAUAAUCCUGACCAACGCUGCUCUCUUGUAUUGUGAUAUGUGCAAAAAAGAUCCAUUUUUCCGUAGCAAAAGAUAUUCAGGUCACUAUGUGGUUCUCUGUGGAUAUGAUUUGAACAAAAGAAAAAUUAAGUACAGAAAUCCUGCUAAAGAAAACCACAUCUGCGUUGCUUCAUAUGAACUAAUGGACAAAGCAAGGAUGGCUUACGGAACCGAUGAAGAUAUAAUUCUCAUAUAUUUAUAGAGGUUAGAAAUAUAACUUAAAAAUGUGAACGUUACCACUGCAGUAUGAAUUUAAGGCAAUAUUUUUUGAACAAAUGAUACAUGUUUCACUUUUGAAGUGUUUUUAUGUCAAAUGUAUUUUGCUCACAGCACGAAUAAAUUUUCUUAAUUUAC